AUGGCAACCUCAGUCUCUUCUUCACUAGUCCCACUUCUCUUCUUUGCAAGAAUCUCAGGUCUUUUGGUUGCAGGUUUAGUCAUUUGUUGGGCUCUUGUUUUUAAGUCUAGCUUUCUACCUCAAUCUACCUCCCAGGAAGACCUCGUUUAUGCAGUUCUCCAUCCUUUGCUGAUGGUGAUUGGUUUCAUUCUCAUCAGUGGAGAAGCAAUUUUGGUGCAUAGAUGGUUGCCUGGUUCAAGGGGUUUCAAGAAAUCAGUGCAUUUGUGUCUUCAAGGACUGGCUUUGGCUUGUGGGAUUUUUGGGAUCUGGACAAAGUUUCACGGUAACGAUGGGAUUGUGGCAAAUUUCUUUAGUUUGCAUUCUUGGAUGGGUUUAAUCUGCAUUUCCUUGUUCGGAGCUCAGUGGUUGAUGGGUUUCAUGAGCUUUUGGCACCGAGGGGAAAUGCGAACGGUGAGCAUUAGAGUGUUGCCUUGGCACAUCUUUCUUGGUCUCUACACAUAUGGGUUAGCCGUGGCAACAGCAGAAACAGGACUGCUAGAGAAGAUUACACUCUUGCAAACAAAGAAAGAUGUAUCCAAACACUCUCCAGAAUCCAUGGUUGUUAAUAGUUUAGGAUUGAGCUUAGCUUUACUGAGUGGCAUCAUAAUAUUGUCCGCGGUUUCUCCCAAGUAUCAAAGCUUUCAAAGUGAACUUAUGUACUCUGAAUCAAAGAAAACGAUGACAUGA